AACUUGAGCAUUUCUUUUCCAUGACUCUUGCAAUUAGAGAUGGCUUAUCUGGAAUGAGUAAGCCUCAGCUCUACCUUUAGUUGGACUAGUCCAUAUAUUAUCUCCUUUCCAUGAAAAUUCAGGACUCGCCAUUUUUCCAUUAAUCAUGGCAACGAGUUGUUCAAUUGUUAUCUCUCCAAUAAUAUGCCUUCAACUAUCAUGGCUUCGCACUGCAACAUUCGUAGUCUUUACCAUCUUAUUCUAUGCAAACUUUAUCUCUUCUUCCCAACCUGACAUCCCUGAUUACAAAGCUCACUGUGCUUCAGUUGUCCCUCACUCACCCCCUACUGCUCCUGAAUUCACUACUAUCCCUUUUCCACCUGACCAAGAUGGCUACUACCUUGGCGGGGAUGGAAUGUUCGAUCUUCUUGAUUCAAACUCAUCUCACUACUACUACUCAUCAAGUGACAGGAAGGUCCUGUUGUUUCGAACCCGUCAUGUUCACAGUACUGAUGCUGAUGGUGUCUACAAGGUUGAGGCCAGUUUGAUAAUCCAACCCUCAAGUAUGAGCUAUAAUGUGGAGGAUAUCGGCUAUAGUUAUUCGCAUUCUCCACACGUCAUUUCUAGUUGGACGGGAAGGGAUGCUCUGACUUUUGAAGUAGCAGGGUUCUGGUCUAAAUCUACUGGGAAGCUUUGUAUGGUCGGUUCAAGUUCUACUUAUUGGCAUGAGGGUAAAGCUCGAGUUCUUAAUGCUCUUCUCAAUCUUUAUGAUGUUAAGAGAGUAAAUAAUAUUACUAGUUUGAUUAGAGGGACAAUUCAUAGUUUGAAUUCUGCCUAUGAUUUGAGUUAUUUUCAACCAAUUUCACUAUUAAUGUUCCCUCAAACGGAUUACACAUACUCUUCUGAAGUGUUCCAAGAAGUUGAUUUUGUAUGGACUGGUGAUGCUGCAAAACUUUCUAGCUUACCACUCAGUAAAUCCAUUUGCUCCAUAUUUUCACGAGAGAGAAAUUCAUUCAAACUAGUGUAUGCAAGUGGAUGUGAUUCUUCAAAGAGUUGUAAUCCUUUGGGUGAGGGUGCUGAAUUUCUGCCUGUAGUUAUGUCUUUGAGUUUAAUUCAGUGUUCACAUGAUGGUCUAAGUCUGAGAUUUCUGUUAGAAUUUUCUAACCGUAGUUCUGGAAUUUCCUUCAGUCCAAAUGCAACAUUUGUUGCAGAAGGAACAUGGAAUCACAAGAAAGACCAGCUAUGUGUUGUUGCUUGUCGAAUACUGAAUGCAACUAAUUCUUUGAGCAGUUCUCAUAUUGAUGAUUGCUCAAUAAGGAUGACUUUAGGAUUCCCUUCUGUUUGGUCAAUUACAAAUACUAGUGCCAUUGUGGGAGAUAUCUGGAGCAUCAAACAUGGAAAUGAGUCGAGCUAUUUCAAAAGAAUCCGGUUUCGAAGUAAUAAGGGUGAAGUGAUUGCGAUCCCAGGGUUGAAGUAUAAUUAUACCUUGGUUGAAAGAGCAAAAAAAUCAUGCAAACAGAAUCUGCCUACUGGAAAGAAAGGAAGUCAGUACCCAGAUGCAAACUCUAAUGAAAUGCAGUUUGAUAUGGCAGUCAAGAAGUCAAGCGGAAAAAGAAUCGGAUGGGGCUAUGCAAGCCCUCUCUUCGUGGAUGAUCAUAUUCCAAUAAGAAAUGUACACUUCAUAAAUUUCUCAAGCUCAUUGCCAGCAAACUCUCUGGACAAAGCAAAAUUUCAACCCAGCAGGCCCUUGUACAUCAGCUACAGAAUGGAUUUUCCAUCAUUUGGUGGGUCUUUGAAUCAGUACACUCAAGUCGAUAUUACCGCUGAAGGGAUUUAUUAUCCUGAAACAGGAGAUAUGUGUAUGGUGGGCUGCAGAUAUCUUGCCUUAAACAAUAAUCAGCUACCGACAGAUGAUUCGAUGGACUGUAAUAUUUUUGUUAAACUCCAGUUUCCUUCAAUAGAUUCAAGCAGUUAUAUCCAAGGACAUAUCAAGAGCACACGGGAAGAAUCUGAUCCUCUAUACCUGAUGCCUCUUUCCUUUUCUGCACUUUCUUUCUACAGUCGCCACGCAAGGAAGUCAAUAUGGAGGAUGGAUUUGGAGAUCAUCAUGACUAUGGUCACUAAUACCCUUGUAUGUUUUUUUGUUGGAUAUCAGAUAUUGUAUGCGAAGAAACAUCCCACCAUGUUCCCUUUCAUUUCACUUCUCAUGCUUGUAGUACUUAUUUUGGGGCAUAUGUUCCCUCUCAUUCUAAACUUUGAAGCCUUGUUCUUCUCGGAGCAAAAUCGCCGAUACAUCCUAAGUGGGACUGGCGGAUGGCUUGAAGCGAAUGAGGUAAUUGUAAGGCUAGUGACAAUGGUAGCAUUUCUGCUGCAAGUCAGGCUUCUGCAGCUUGUGUGUUCUGCGCGGUUGGCGGAUGAAAACCAGAAGGCCUCCUGGAUUGCCGAGAGGAAGACCCUUUAUGCAUCUCUGCCAUUAUAUAUAGCUGGAGGUUUUAUCGCUUUGUUUGUUAACUGGAGGUAUUACAAGUUUGGUGGCAGGAUGAAUUCUACUUACGUUUACAGUCAACAGCAGCAAUCAUUCUGGGUGGACUUAAGGUCUUAUGCUGGACUAAUAUUGGAUGGUUUCCUUCUCCCUCAAAUCCUCCUCAACAUUUUCCACAACUCAAGACAGAAUGCUCUCUCUUGUUUUUUCUACAUGGGGACUACAUUUGCGCGCUUGCUACCGCAUGCAUACGAUCUUUACAGGGGAAAUUACUAUGCUGAUGAUUUCGAUUGGUCAUACAUGUAUGCAGAUCAUGCUGCAGACUAUUACUCUACUGCUUGGGAUAUCAUCAUUCCUUUAGGGUGUCUGCUGUUUGCUGCAGUCAUAUAUCUGCAGCAGCGCAAUGGUGGUCGUUGUUUCUUGCCCAAGAGAUUUAAGGAGAUGGAAGGAUAUGAGAAGGUGCCACUGCCAGUGGCUAUAGACCCAUAGGAACCAAUUAGAGGAAUGGAGUUGCUCACUUCUGUUAGUCUCUGGCUUUAUCACUUCUAGCUAUUAUAUUUCUAAGUUUUGUUCUUUCUUUACCUGGUGAUGUUUGUUUUACCAUUAGGCCUGCUUAUGCAAUCUUACUGGAAUAAACUCUGCAUUUGUGAUUUUCCAUGUAUAUUAUGUUAGAAUGAGAGUAUAUAUUAUAAACUUA